CCCCGAUGUAGCUUAUAAUAACACCCAUUUUUGUUAGCUUUUUCUAUCAGCUUUGCUCGGAUAUUAGACGCCUUUUUUCCUGCCCAAUUUUCCGCUCCUUCAUGCCGCUUCCCCCGCUCUCUUUACCGCAUUUUCAAUGUAUUUUGUGCCCCUUGUUUCCUCCGGUAACGUUAACCCAUGUCUGUGUGCAUCCCGCCUCCCUGCGCCCUCAAUAGAUGGUGCAAGUCAAAAUGUCCAAAUCGCCCGUAGACCCUCUGUCUGCUGUGGAAACUGGCUCUCAAUCGCACUAUUUUCAGCUGCCCAGGAAGUUGCCUAAACGCAAGAGCCGCUUCAAACGCUCAGAUGGCAGCACGUCUUCUGACACAACAUCCAGCUUCAUCAAACGGCAGGGGUCGGCUGAUUCGUACACCAGUAGACCGUCGGAUUCAGACCUGUCAGCAGAGGAGGACCGCGAGGCGUAUCGGCGUGAAGCCGAGCGCCAGGCACAGCUGCAGCUCGACAGAGCUAAGUCCAAACCUGUAGCUUUUGCAGUAAAGACGAAUGUGAGUUACUGUGGGGCUCUGGAUGAGGACUGUCCUGUCCAAGGAGCUGCAGUCAAUUUCGAUGCCAAAGACUUCUUGCACAUCAAAGAAAAGUAUAACAAUGACUGGUGGAUCGGCCGGCUGGUGAAAGAGGGAGCGGACAUCACCUUCAUCCCCAGCCCUCUACGACUAGAGGCCAUGAGACUCAAGCAGGAGCAGAAACAGAGGAAAACAGGGGGUAACUCCUCUAGUUUAGGGGACAUGGUGACAGGGAAUUGGAGGACCACACCGCCAUCUGCAGGUGAAUCCAAACAGAAGCAAAAACAGGAACACGUCCCUCCUUACGAUGUGGUGCCCUCUAUGAGGCCGGUGGUCCUCGUGGGACCAUCGCUGAAGGGCUAUGAGGUAACGGACAUGAUGCAGAAAGCUCUCUUUGACUUCCUGAAACACAGAUUUGAUGGAAGAAUCUCAAUCACACGCGUAACUGCCGACCUGUCUUUAGCCAAGAGAUCUGUCCUCAAUAAAAGACCCAUCAUGGAGAGGUCCAACACUCGCUCCAGUCUAGCGGAGGUUCAGAGUGAGAUCGAGAGGAUAUUUGAACUCGCCAAAACCCUGCAGCUGGUGAUUCUGGACGCUGACACCAUCAACCAUCCUGCACAGCUAGCCAAAACCUCCCUCGCUCCCAUCAUCGUCUACGUCAAAGUUUCCUCACCAAAGGUGCUCCAGAGACUUGUCAAAUCCAGGGGGAAGUCUCAGAGCAAGCACCUGAAUGUGCAGAUGAUGGCUGCAGACAAACUCUCUCAGUGCCCCCCUGAUAUGUUUGAUGUCAUUUUGGAUGAGAACCAGCUGGAGGAUGCAUGUGAGCACUUGGCUGAGUACCUGGAGAUUUACUGGCGUGCGACUCACCUCCCGGGCAACACGCCUCUCAAUCCGCUCCUGGAGCAAACUCUGAUGACCCCGCCUUCUGCCAUCUCCAGCCUCCAGAACAAGAACCAGCCGCAGCCUCGUGAGGCGGUGGGAUUGGAGGGUGAGGAGGAGGCGGGUGAGGAGGUCCACUCCCCCCUGGAGCAGGACAGUCUUAUGCCGUCUGACGAGGCCAGCGACUCCCUGUCUCGCGGCCGGAGGGGGAGCCUGUGCCAAAGGGGGGGUGUUGAGGACGAAGAGGAGGAAGAAGAAGAGGAGGAGGAGGAGGAGGAUGAGUUUGCCUCCCCCUGCCAUGCUCGCACUUACAGGGACAUGUACCCCCCUCACCGUGGGCACAGCGGUAGCGUCCACAGUGCCAACGGGCACGAGUCAGAGGACAGGCUGCUGCAACGAGAAGCCCAGCAGGGUCACAACCAGAGGAACAACCGCCAGCGCAGCCGCCCCUGGCCCCGAGACACCUACUGAGGAACCCCCCAACCCCCCGGCCUCCAGAUCAGCCGUCUGACUGUCCCCAAAUUGGCCCCAAAUCAGAAACAGAUUCCCAGUUUAUUUGGUAGACAACUUUAGGUCUCUUUUUUAAGAAUUGACAGUCACUCUAUUCCAGAUUCCCAGACUGAAUUUAUCUUUAAGGGUCGCACUGACCUCUUCAGGGUCAAGUCUUUUAGAUUAAAGGGACAAUUCUCCACCUUUUUAAAUGGAUAUCCAAUCGGUUUCUUUGGUUAAUUGAAGCAAAUAAUCCCUCUGUGCAUGCUUUAGUGUUCAAGGAAGCUGCUUUCUCCUGCCUACAUUUACCAGGAGGCAUUGUGUGUGCACUUUCAGCUAUAGAUGGUUGGUAAGCUUAUGCUCUAUCUGCUGCAUUAUAUAGGAGUGAGAUGAAACUCUGUAAGCUGUAUCUCUGCCCAUGCCAUCUUCUGGUUUUAUAGACUGGUUAAAUAUUUUUUGGAGUGGCAUUUAGAGCAUGCAAGCCCCCUAGCCACCAGAGGGGGGUAAUACAAAUCUAAGAUAAGUUUGCUUGUAGUUCUUCCUUGCAUCUAAAAUACAUCAGUCACUUCAAAAUGACAGUGCUGGAUGCAGGAAGAACAGAUUACGCAGCAGGAGACCUCAUCCUUCUAUCAUUAUAGCACACACUGAGGAAUAUAUCGCUUCAAUCGACUACUUUUACCAUCAAAGCUGUAUGGACCUCCACAAAAAAGCUGGUCGAUUUUCCCUUUAAAGUCAACAGGGCUACUCCCCUCUGCAAUGGAAAGGUUUCAGGCUACCAGCUGUACGCAAACUCAAACUUUAGCUGCUCGGCCUAAAGUUUCUCUAUUGUAGGAUGUCUCAUACACUGGCCUUAAAAUUCCUAAGACUUUUAACUAUCUUUACUAUUGCAUGUUUGAGUAUAAUUAUUUUAAGACUAUUUGCACAUUGACGUCAGAACAGGAACUGAAUGAUCUUUACGGAUAGACCCUAAUGUAGGAAUGUCUUCUUAUGGGAAAUAGGAAUGCAUUUGAUUACAAUGUAUAUACUGAAUGGGCACCUGGUUUUGUUUCAUUGCUACUAUAUUUGUUAGAUUUUGUUUAUAUGGACUUGUUUGUUGUUUUUGGAGAAAUGUUGCCACCCAUGUGUUUUUACUCUGAAGAUGGUGAUGGAGACACACACACACACACACACACACACACACACACAGACUGGUUCUCAAUGUAAGUUAGUGGUAUGAAGCUGCAGUACAUUACAGUGCUUCUUUCUGGGCAUCACUCGUCUUUUGCUGUUGUACAAUCACUCUUCACACCUCUUAGAGAAGACAAAAAAAAAAUCUCAAAACGAGCACAGAGAAUGUAAACACAACUAAGAAAAAGGGAAUGUUAUCUUUUUAAAGGGCGAAUUACUUGCCGAACUUGCUUGUUUACAUGAUCAUUCACAUAUUAUCAAGCGCACGCUGCACACGCGCUGCAGCUUCAGAUCUUCAGAGAAUGUAAGCUUGCAUGCCUUUUUUGCACCUCCAGCACCACCGGGUGUUUCCAAAACCCAACCGAUCGCCCUGUAAUUCGAUUGUAGCACGUUAUUGAUUGUAGCAUCCACAGUUUCUACACUUAAUCUCACUCCACCCCCCCCCCUCCACCCCUCCUGUGUGUCUUUGCCAUUCGUUGCGUUACGUACUGCAGUUUUAUUCGGGUUUUCAUCAAAGCAGAUCCUCAGGUGUAAGUCCUACACACUCAUCGCGCUCAACUCCACGAAUGUGUCGUGCUCGUGAGGGACUCGUAGCACGCGUGACAUGAUGUCAUUCUGUUCCUGCAUCGUUAUUAUUAUUAUUAUUGAGUCCACCAGCCGAUGUUAUCAGCCGGCUUUAGGAGUUACUGGUUUACUGCUUCCAUGUCUCACAGGUAUCUCUAUCUAGUGUUCUGUAUAUUUUGAAGACAAAAAAAAAUCAGCAUGAUUGAAAAAAAAAAAAACCUA